AAUAUGUCACAUGGAGAUCAUAAAUCUCACAAAAAAACUAUUGAUUUGGUUAGGGAAUAUAAUUCCCAUAACAGAGAUAAUGUUAUUGCCAUUAUGCUGGACACCAAGGGACCUGAAGUUAGAAGUGGAGAUGUAGUCCAGCCUAUUUUACUUGAAAAAGGCCAAGAAUUCAAUUUUACCAUCCAAAGGGAAGCCAGCGCUGAGAAUACUGUUAGCGUGAAUUAUGAUGAUUUUGUGAACGAUGUGGAUGUUGGAGACAUUAUAUUGGUUGAUGGUGGAAUGAUGUCACUAUCCGUGAAGGCAAAAACUGUUGAUACUGUAAAAUGCGAAGUGGUUGAUGGUGGAGAACUUAAAUCAAGGCGUCACUUAAAUGUUAGAGGAAAAAGUGCUUCCUUGCCUUCCAUAACAGAAAAAGACUGGGAGGAUAUCAAAUUUGGAGUGGAUAACAAAGUUGAUUUCUAUGCACUAUCAUUUGUAAAAGAUGCAAAGGUUGUCUGUGAACUGAAAAGUUACCUUAAAAGCUGCGAAGCAGAUAUAGAUGUAAUCGUCAAGAUUGAAAGUGCUGAUUCAAUACCAAACCUUAAAUCUAUUAUAUCUGCUUCCGACGGGGCAAUGGUGGCUCGUGGUGACCUUGGAGCAGAGCUUCCAAUAGAGGAAGUUCCAUUGCUGCAGGAGGAAAUCAUUAGAAGGUGUCGCAGCAUGCGGAAGCCUGUAAUUGUUGCAACCAACAUGCUAGAGAGCAUGAUUAGUCAUCCAACUCCAACUAGAGCAGAAGUUUCUGAUAUAGCAAUUGCUGUGCGUGAAAGUGCUGAUGCCAUUAUGCUUUCUGGCGAAACAGCAAACGGGAGGUAUCCUAUAAAAGCAGUGAAUGUGAUGCAUACUGUCGCAUCGAGGACUGAAUCAACACUUUCAACAAACAUUCUUCAUUCAAGUCUUUUAACAGCUACCCAGGCUGCUCCUGGCGAGGAGCUUUGUCAGAGCCAUUUGAGUGAAUUGUUUGCCUCAAAUGCUGCCAUGAUGGCCAACAAUAUUGGAAGCUCUAUCAUUGUCUUCACAAGAACUGGUUCCAUGGCGGUGCUUCUAAGUCACUAUCGAUCAUCAUCAACUAUAUUUGCAUUUACGGAUGAGUUAAGGGUUAAGCAGAGGCUGGCACUUUAUCAUGGAGUAGUACCUAUUUAUAUGAAGUUUUCUGAUGAUAUUGAAGAGACUUUCUCUAGAGCAACAAACUUCUUACUGAAGGGCGGAUUCCUGAGGAGUGGAGAGUACGUCACUCUUGUUCAGAGUGGAGCGCGCACAAUAUGGCGAAAUGAGUUCUCACAUCAUAUUCAAGUCCGUCAGGUCUGAGUAUGUUAUGUAUUCUCUAGAAUAGGCCAUUCUUUUUAACUAAAAUUUCUCCAAGGUUAAUAUUAUUUUGUUACGAACAUUUUGUUGAGGUUAUUAUUUUUAUUCAAUUUUUAUCUUUACCUGAAUGCUGAUGUAAAAUAUAUCUGACUUUUUUUUUAACUUGAAAUAGAUGGUU